UUGAUUGAUGUUCAUUUUUUCAGGCCAGGAACGGGAAAAUCGUGUUUGUUAUUAGCACUUCUCGAGAAACCAGUAAACAGCUCAGGGGGAUUGCGUCGGGCAAUUUCUCAAAAUUUGACAGAAUUCGAAGUUGCAACGCUCAUUGAGCGACUGAUAUUUUUUAUUUAUGAGAAGGAAUCAGAACAAACUUUAGAUAAGGUUCUGAAUCUUUUGCGAGUAUUGAUUGAUAGUCACUCACUGCGCUUUAUUUGGGAUGAGCAGUGCCAUGAGAAGUUGCAGAAGGCAGCUUCUGUCGUUACCGAUUUGGUAAGUGCAUUCUUUAGCUGACA